CUGCCAUGUGCGCAUGAAAUUUUAUUCAUGAAAACACACACAGACGUUGACAAAACGACAGAGUAAACAAUAAAUAAGUCAACCAUUGCCUCGAUGGGAAAUGAGAAAAGUGCCCUAAGUGGGCUGAAAAUUGACGAAAAGGCGGUCGAAAUAACAGAUUUCUGGCUACAUCACAGUGCUAAUUUGAAUGGUGCGAAUCCGUCAACGGUAUCGGUGUUUAUUAGCGAGCCUUCAUUGCAGUCGUGUCCAAACUUUGGCAAACCAUCACCCCUUGAAAGGACAGCUAAGAAUCUGAUGCUACAUCGGCACCCAUGCAUCCUGAAGUACAUAUCAUCCUGGAGAAAGGGCAGCAGUUACUACCUAGCUACUGAGGAAGUAAAACCACUUGCCCAAGUGAUCGGCACCCAGACAACCCUGCAAAUUUGCAUUGGGCUUCACAGUAUUCUACGAGCUCUGAUAUUUUUGCAUGAAAAAGCUCUUGCUUCUCACAAUAAUGUCUGCAGUAGCUCGAUCUACGUCACUCCAGAGGGCUCCUGGAAGCUCGGAGGUCUAGAGUUUCUGUGCAGGUUCACCGACUUUAAUCAGGCGUAUUUGAAAAAAAUAAAAAACUUUCGUUACGAGAAAGCUAUUGCUCCUGAAGAGGAUGGAAAUGCAUUGGAGACACAACUAAAUCCUGUUGGAAUUGACCAGUAUGCUUUUGGUGUUCUCACUGAAGAAGUUUUACGGUUGAAAAAUGCUGAUGACGUUCCAGCUCUUGCAGAAUUUAAAGAAAUCUGUCGACGCAGUUUGCAAAACCCUGAUCCUUUAUUGAGGACAAAGUUAUCAACUUUAUUAUCCAAUCCAUUUUUUACACAUGACUUUAUAAAUAUUCAUGAAUUUUUAAUGGAGCUGCCUCUGAAAACUGAAGCAGAAAAAGAAGAAUUUUUUUCGAAUCUAGUGCCACAGCUUAAAGCAUUCCCUGAAAAAAUAGUUGCUGAACAACUAGGUCGUUUACUCUUAUCACGAAUGGUACUGCUAGACAGUACAGCUCAACAAAAAUUACUACCUUGUGUGUUGAAGCCAAAAACAGAAGACAAUGAGCAAGACACGAGUCUUUUUACAGUAUCAACCUUCAAAAGUCACCUGGUACCAAAAUUAUUGCAAAUGUUUUGUGUCCGGGACACGUCAAUACGCUUACUGCUAUUAUCGCAUUUAAAUUCAUUUAUCUAUGCCUUCCAAUUGGAUGAAUUGAAGAACCAAAUACUGCCUGAGCUUCUUGUAGGAAUAAAAGAUCAUGAUGAUCAUCUGGUCAGCACAACACUGCGUGCGCUGGCUGAUCUAGUGCCAAUACUGGGCGCAGCUGCCGUCAUCGGCGGCAAACGGGGUAAAUUAUUUACUGAUGGACGUCCAAAUCACAACCAAAUCAGACGUGAAGUCUCUGCUAGAAAUAACCAAAGAACUGAACGUGCUAAUAUUAGUAAUAGUAAUAUUAAUAAUAAUAUUAUCAAUGAAAAUGGUAUUGAUAGUCUGCCAACUGUACUAGAGUUACCUGAGCGACCGUCACCUGAUGGCGGAGAAGAUCGGGUUGAAUCGGAUUUAAUUUUAGCUGAGGAAGAAAGCACUUGGUCUGAUUGGGAUGCUCAUGAAGUAGUCAUCACCAAGACAAUUAAUACUGACAUUCCUAGUGGUCAAGCAGAUGUUGAUGUAGUGCAGCCACAUGAUGAUAAAUCAGCAUCUGCGGGAUCGGAAAUAGACGAUGGGGGAAAAACGCCGGGGAUAAAAAAAGACAAAUUUAAUUAUAAUAAGAAAAAUAUUAUUUCUGAUAUUCGGGAACUGGAUAUCAAACAUUCUAAGACAAUGCAACAAACUGCCAGUGAAGAGGUUGAUUUUUUCACAGACAUGGAGCCAAUUAUUGAGAAACAAAAUGUCAUUCAUAUUGAGGAAGUCAAGGCGGAGAAAAGCGUUUUUGAUGUUAAAGUUAAUGGUGCUCAGGACAAUGGAGAUGAUGACGGCUGGGGCGAAGAUCUAGAUGAUUGGGGUGACAAUACCCUCGAGCUAGAAGAUUGAUAUUAUUUAUUAAAACUAAUUUAUUAAUUAUUAAAUAAUUGUUACUUGUAUGACCGCGUGUAAAUAAUUUAAGUGUAAGCUUAGUAAUAUUUUUUAAAUAUCCAUAUAAAUAUGUAUAAAUAUUUGUUAUAUAUUAAUUUUAAAUAAAUGUUGUCUAUAUGUUUAA